AUGGUGCUCAAGUCUCUACUCAUGAGCGCAUUGCUCAUCGUGCCAACGCACGCACAGUCAUCUUCACUACACAACUCAAGCAUCCCAACAGCGCCGCGCAGCGAGACUUCACCCUCUCUGCCAAUCACGUCAUCCGGCCUGGAACAAACAGGUACUACCAAAGCCGUCACACUGGAGCCUCCGAAGACAUCCUGCCCAGCGGGAACCACGACUGUCAAGAGCUGCUGGACUGGCUACACCAUACAAUGGACAAGCAAGCCAGGACAAGUUCGGUAUAGCAGCGCCAUCUUGGUUCAAUCUGCCCCUGGCGGUUCAGCCGGAAUUCCUCACAAACGCCACCACAUCAAGUACAUCGUCUUCGAAAACUUCAAUGACCACGACCACAAGUACUCUGGUGGCCCCUGCGACGACAGUCUUAUUCGUGUCACGUUCACUCACUCGAGGAAAGCCUCCUGGCUCGACGUGUGCGAGCAGCACAACGUUUCCAGUCUGCUCGGACAUCAGCGCUUCGCAACUCCCGUUGUCUUCACAACAACACUUCCCGAAUUCAAGGGCGGAAACGACUUGGGCAAUGUCAUACGGAAGUGCCACGACGUCUCGAGAUUUCCCGGACACGGCGAUCUUUCGGGGAGAGCCCAAAGAAUCUUUGCCGUCGACACCUGCGAAGAGGGUCGCAAGGUUGAACUUUCAUCUAAAGGUGAGCGGAUUGCCGAGCGAAAGUUCAACCAAGAGAGUUUUGUCAACUACGACUUCUACAUCCACUGGAUACCAGGCUGCAGACUGAAGAACGCGGACGGCAAACUAGUCGACAGGCAGAAAGUCGACUUCAAAACGACUAGUGACAACAAAGAUCCGAGCACGGUGCACAAUUCGGCUUGCAUGGCGUACUUUGUCAGCACGUACAAGCAAUGCAACAACGAGGGCGUAGGAGGUAGCAUAGAGGCAGGAUGUCUGAAGUACACUUUCACCGGAGGUAGAUUCGAGGUGCUGAUAGAUUACUGGAAUACAGUGGUGCCGGUUUGA